GUUUCUGUUGGUUACUCGUUCCCGCCAGGAGAUACCAAAGCAAACCCCUGAUUGCGAAUGGGAAGGAGACGACUGCUGCUUCUUCUAAAGCCAUUGGAUGUCUACUCAUUUCAUCAAUCAAACGGUCUUUAUCGCGUUACAAACCCUAAGGUGUUACAGUAUCUGGAUAACCGGUGCAGAGUUCAUAAAGAUGCCAUAGAAUUUUGUCAGGAUAUUUUACGAAGAAAGUCCGUUGACUGGGAUGCUGUUUUUCGUAGUCAUCUGUCACGACCAAUUCAAAACGUGGAUCUCGUUGUCACCAUUGGUGGUGAUGGUACGCUUUUGCGGGCAAGCCAUUUCUUGAAUGAUUCAAUACCAUUACUGGGAGUAAACUCCGACCCCACUCAACCACAAGAGGUUCAAGAAUUUGGUGACGAGUUUGAUGCUACAAGAAGCAGCGGUUAUCUUUGUGCAGCAACUGUCAAAAACUUCGAACAGAUACUAAAUAACAUCCUGGAGGAUCGAACCGCUCCUUCUGAAGUUUCAAGAAUGUCAAUUCAUGUGAACUCAAUACCACUGUCAACAUAUGCUCUUAACGACAUUUUACUUGCAGAUCCAUGUCCUGCAUCUGUUUCUCGGUUCUCAUUCAGAAUUAGGAAAGACGGACUAUCAAGCUCAUCUUUAGUGAACUGCCGAUCUAGCGGUCUCAGAGUCUCGACUGCCACAGGAUCAACAGCGGCAAUGUUAUCAGCUGGUGGCUUCGCAAUGCCUGCUUUAUCCAAAGAUCUCCAAUACAUGGUGAGAGAGCCCAUUUCACCCACAGCAGCCAACUUGGGUUUAAUGCACGGAUCGAUAAAACCCGAACAAUCCAUGGAUAUUGAUUGGUACACGAAAGAGGGGAUAAUCUACAUUGAUGGUUUUCAUAUCGUUCAUCCCAUUCAACAUGGCGAUACCAUACAAUUAUCUUCGCGAGCUCCGAAUUUGAAAAUCUUUUUACCUCCCCAUUUGUUACCGAGUAAGAUCUGAGUCAUUCGUAGUUAACAAAUGCAUGUAACUAGUCGUAUUGAGUUCGAUAAACGAGUAGAUUGUAUACGCAAAAUGAUUCCUUUUGUUGGUUCUUUGUCGUCUUUUACUUUCAAUAAAUCACUUUUAUCGUUGUAAAGAUACAUGUGCCCGUAUACGGGCAAUUUGAAGAUUCUAGCGGAUCGCAAAUACGGGGCAGUCUCUUGUAUUUUUUUUACUUCGUAAAUUGUAUUCCCGUG